CGGUCCUCUUUACGCCACCUCUCUCCGCCUCUCGACGCCCCCCCAAAUCGAACUCUUUUUUUUUUUUUACGGCGAAAAGAGAGAGAAUGGAGAACCAGAAAGCCACCGAAAACGGGAACAAUAUUGAUCACAAUUUUCUAGCCGUCAAUGGCGAUGCUCGAGAUGGAUCGGCCCUGAUCUUUCUGGGGACGGGAUGCUCCAGCGCCGUCCCCAAUGCAAUGUGCUUGAUUCAGCCGUCCGAUCCACCUUGCCAAGUCUGUUUCCAGUCCCUAUCGAUCCCGCCCGACCGCAACCCUAAUUACAGGUGUAAUACAUCACUGCUUAUAGAUUACUCUCAGAGUGAUGGUGAACACAACUACAUAAUAAUUGAUGUUGGGAAGACAUUCAGGGAGCAAGUUCUUCGUUGGUUUACAUUCCAUAAGAUACCUCGAGUUGACUCUAUCAUUUUGACCCACGAGCAUGCUGAUGCAGUUCUCGGUCUGGAUGAUAUACGUGCAGUGCAACCAUUUAGUCCUACAAAUGAUAUUGAUCCGACUCCCAUUUACCUAACAGAAUUUGCAAUGGCAAGCAUUGCAGUGAAAUUUCCGUACUUGGUUCAGAAGAAACUUAAAGAAGGCCAGGAAGUGAGACGGGUAGCACAGCUUGAUUGGAAGAUAAUUGAGGAACAAUGUGAUAAACCAUUUGUUGCAUCAGGCCUAAGAUUUGUUCCUUUGCCAGUGAUGCAUGGAGAAGACUAUAUCUGUUUGGGCUUUCUUUUUGGUGAAAAAUGUAAAGUGGCAUAUAUAUCUGAUAUAUCACGUUUUCCUUCAAACACAGAGUAUGUUAUUUCAAAAAAUGGUGCUGGACAGUUGGAUCUUCUUAUAUUGGAUACACUAUACAAGAAUGGAUCCCAUAAUACUCACUUCUGCUUUCCUCAGACUCUUGAAGCUGUUAAGAAGCUAUGUCCAAAACGAGCUCUGUUAAUUGGUAUGACUCACGAGUUUGAUCACCACAAAGACAACGAAUUCCUUGUGGAAUGGUCAAAGAGGGAAGGAAUCCCAGUACAACUUGCACAAGAUGGUCUAAGGGUCCCCAUAGACCUAUAAACAAGGUUUUUGCAAGAAAAAUGGGAAGUCCAGUUUUACACAUUUGAUAGUGUUUCCAUUCCAUCUGAUGCGAGGAAAGCACUUUUAUUCGGUGUUGAUCCUUCAUAAGACGUAACAAUUCAACAAAUAGGUAGUGCAAAUAGUAACCGGAAGAAAUAAGAGUCAAUCCUUUUCGAGAAGCAGAAAGCAAGUCCAAAUUCCGUACUCACAAAACUAUGUAUUGCUUAGUUGCUACCCAUUUGCCCUCCCGCUAUGUACCAUUAUUUUGGUCAGGUAAUUGGUCAGCCAUUCAACGGAUUUGAACACGUUACUGCGAAUUUUGCACAACCUUUGAACUAGUGCGUUAACUUUGCACGUGCUUGACUUGAAUCCUUGUAUGGAGAUCUUAAACUUCAUU